GGCCUUCCAGUUACGACGGCGGGCUCCAAGCUCUUUCAACGGCAGACGGUGCCGAUUGCGCGUAUGCUCCCUCGAAUAUCCUCCAAUUGCGCGGGAUGAGUGUAUGCAGGGUAGGCGUGGUAUGGCGCGGUAGGCCGCAAGAACAGUCAACGGCGAAGGGAUUGUGAUCUAUCGCGCAGUCUGGCGUCAGAGGGGGUUCGCCGGUGGGCACAGCAGGGACUUGCCUUCGGCCAGGUGCGAAGAGAGUGGUGUUGGGCGUAUGAACAGACAGGCUGCCAGCUCCAGCAGACGGUGGUACAGCGUGUUUCGUGGCAGAAAGAAGGGAGUGUCAGAGGUUGAAACAGCACUCGCAGUAGGGAGCGACGCAGACGCAGGCUCUGUCAAAGAGGGCGGGGGAGGACUGCUUGAGGCUGAGCGGCACGGUUUGGCGGCGAGAGGUGACGAGCUGUCGUCGUCGCGCGAUGAGGCCAGGCAGCGAUUGUCGUGGGCGGCAGCGUGAGGCAGGCUCUGGCACACAGGAACGGGGACUUGUGGGCGAGGAGUGCAGCCGUGGCCCGUUCGAGAGGACGUCGUCCGAGGGUUGGGCGUGCGAGGGGAGGGAUGCCGAAAGCGGUGAGGACCGGGGGGCUGGGCUGGCGGCUUGGGUGCUUCAGGCCGCGCGACUCGCUGCAGCAGGAUCGCGGGCGCGGGCGAGGGCCUCUGAUGCGGCCGCUGAUUCGCAGGCAACGGGCGUGGGCUCCAGGCAGCACUUGUUUGGCGACUGCUGCAAUGCUAUUCUCGACCUCGACGCUCGCCGCACCCCGACGGCACCUGGGCCGCUGGGCAGCAGCAUGCACGGCGUCGUUCUCGGGGCACGCUGCGAAAGUGUGCCUGGCGUGCCUGGCACUGGCGUUCACGAGCUAAUUCAGGGGUCCCGCGUGCUAGACUCGUUCCGGCACGCAUCCAGGGCCAGUGAAACGGCCACCACUCGCGCCGCCGUCUGUCCCGUCGCCCUCACGCCUCAGGAACAGCCGAUGCACCACUCACAGCGCCCCCCGAGAACCCCUCCCGUCACGGCCCGGCUGCGGCAUCCGACAGCGACAACACCACACCGCCGCCGCAAGGCACAGCUGCAGCACGCCGUGCCCACGACUUCGCGAUGCUUCACAAAGCAAUAUCGCCUCAGCCGCCAGCUUGUCACAUCCACCAGCCAUCUAUUCGUGGCCGUUGCACCUGGCACGCUCGCUCCUCAUGGAGCCGCGCGCCACCCAGGGACGUCGCCCCUUGGCGUGUGAAUGUGAAGCGCUUCGUCCCCACUGACCACCCUCCCCCCAAAAGCAAACCACACAGAGCGUGCGCAUCGUGAGAUCCUCAUUUAAUGUCCUCUCGCCG